GGCCUAUAAUUGUAAUAAUAACUAGCAGAAUCAAUGGCUGUCAUCAGGCUUGGACUGAUAGGGUGUGGAUAUAUAUGUAAAACUCACCUCAAAGCAUUGAAGAAGCUCAAUGAUCCUUCCAUUGAAGUAACAGCACUGGUGGAUAUUAAUAAAGAAGCAGCUGAAUCUACCAAGCAAUUGUUACCAGCACCUCAAAACUGUCAAGUGUAUGGUAGUGUAGAGGAAGCAGGAGAUGAUAGUUAUGAUGCAGCUGUUAUAAUGGUACCCCAUCAUCUUCAUGUUGAAAUAGCUAGAGAGGUUUUAUCAAAAGGGAAGCAUGUCUUAUUAGAGAAGCCAUUAGCUAUCAGUAUUGAAGGAUGCAGGGAGCUAUUAGCACUAGCACAAAGCACUAAUAGGGUAUUUAUGGUAGCGGAGAGUGCUGUCCACUGGCCUGAAGUAGUCCAAGCUAUAAAACUGAUCAAGGAAGGAGUGAUUGGAGAGCCUUAUUAUGCUCAAGGAAAUUGCUUUGAAUCAAUUGGAAUAGAUGACUUUGAUUUCUGUGAAGUACCUGAUUGGAUUUAUGAUCCAGAGAAGAAUGGAGGAGGUGCAGUGAUGGCUGGUGGAGUUCACUGGAUACGUCCACUGAGAUUAAUGUUGGGUGAUAUGGAUAAAGUGGCUGCAAUGACAAUGGAUGCUUGGAAGACAAUGAGAGCUGAGACUCUUGCACAUGCUCUUGUAAAGUUUAAGAAUGGAAAGCAAGGUGUCCUCCAUUUUCAUUAUAGCGACAUCCCAAUGGAAAAGAUCCCUUUCUUUCAAAUAUUUGGACCAAAAGGAGAGAUUACAAUUCAUGGCAAGUUUGAAGGUGGCAUUACAGUACAUACAAAAGAUAAAGUCACUACUGAUAAUUGUGGAGGAUAUUGGGGCUCUUUCAAGCCUCAAAUGGCAUCAUUUAUAUCAGCGUUAAAGAAAGAAGAGAAGAUAACGGAGGCUCAUACUGGAAGUGUUUCUGAAGCAGUGAAAGAUGUACUUGUUUCUUUAGCAAUUUACAGAUCAGUUGAAGAAGAAAAAUGGGAGAAUGUUGAUGUAUUUUAAACAUUUUUUAUUCUUGGCUUUUUGCAUUUUUGGGUGGGG